AAGAAGAAGAAGGAGGAGCCGGCUGACCUGCAACCAUAAUAGAAAGCGGAACCUUAAUGUGACUCAGGUCUCCAGUCGGAACUUUAUAGUGUAACAUCCAGUCGUUGCUCGGUGUAGCCGGUAAUUGUUUCAUCGGUAACCAAGCAACAAUGUCUUCGGUUGAUUGUUUGAGAGAGUUCGUCAACGAGCGACUAUCUGCUGCUGCUGAAGAAAUAUUCGGAGUUUUUAAAAGAACCGUCGUCGAGUACCAGGAAGAGAUCGACCGGCAGCGCAGAAUGUUGGAUGCUUUUUGGAAACCCGACGUGAAGUUACACAGGAUAAUCCCCGCAGAGCUCCCACAGCCACGUGUGUGUACGGAGGAGGAGGUUCUCGGUGACCAGCAGCUCUGUCUCCAGGAGAGGAACCCCAGUGUGGACCAAGAGGACCCAGAUCCUCCACAGAUUAAAGAGGAACAGGAGGAACUCCGCAGCAGUCAGGAGGGAGAGCAGCUUGAACCGAAGCAGGAGACCUUCAUGUUGACUCCUACUUGUGAGGAAAGAGACCACGGUGAAGACCAACUUCUGGAUUUGUGUACUGACGAAACACAGACUGUGGUACAGGAAACAUCUCUAGGCUACAUUUCAGUUGAAAGCGCCGCUGUCGUUGAACCAAGCAAUGACCACCAGCUUCUCUCUCACAACUCUCAUGUAUCUGAUGGCAAAGAUCAGAAAAGAGUCAAACGUAGUUUAACAUCAAGCAAGGAGCAAACUCCUCCAGGUGAGAAGCCACUUUUGUGCAAAAAAUGUGGGAAAUACUUUAAAAAUAAAAAUAGCUUGUUGUCUCACGUGAAAAGAGCUCACAGUAUUGAUCAACCAUAUGUAUGCAACACCUGUGGGAGAAGAUUCGUUCACGAGUCUGUAUUUAAGACUCAUAAAAGAGUUCAUAGUGAUGAGAAGGCAUUUUCUUGCAAAACAUGUGGGAAAACAUUCAAAUUUAGUUGUGGCUUAAAAAUCCACAUGGAAAUUCACUCUGGGGAGAAGCCAUAUUCCUGCAACACAUGUGGGAAAACAUUCACUCAGUCAACAAAUUUAAAGCUUCAUACAAGGAUCCACACUGGGGAGAAGCCAUAUUCCUGCAACACAUGUGGGAAAACAUUCAAUCAGGCAACAUAUUUGAAGCUUCAUACAAGGAUCCACACUGGGGAGAAGCCAUAUUCCUGCAACAUAUGUGGGAAAUCAUUCACUCAGUCAUCAAAUUUGAAGUCUCAUACAGCAACUCACUCCAAUGAGAAGCCAUAUUCCUGUAAAAUGUGCAAAAGAGAUUUCAGAAGUUCUAACAGUUUAUAUGCCCACAUGAGAACACACAAGGGUAAAACGUCAUAGAUGCAAAUCCUUUGAGGAACUAUUCUGAUCAUUUUUUAAGAUUAGAAAGGCUGAAGCUAGAAUGAAGCUCAUUAAAUGAAAUUGCGUAUUCCAAAGAAAUUGUGACAUUUUUGGGUUUGGGUUUGGGUAUUAAUGAAAUAUAUAAACACGAUUAGGUGGAAGGAUGACUAACUAGAUAUUGGAUUUCUAGUCAAAUUGAUCACUUAAGGUAAAAGUAGGAGAUGCCAUGUCAGAAGAAUUGGUGAUUGUAAAUGGGAUCCCUGAAGGUAGUUUUAUUAGCCCUGUAUUAUAUAAAUGCCUUCUUUGUGGACGUUUAUAGAGAUAUCGUCUGUGUGCUAUAUGCUGAUAAUGGAUUAAUGUGGAAAAGGGGAAGAAAUAUUAGUGAUCAGCAGCAUCCAAAACGUUUAAAAGUGAUUGUGUGACUCUUAAAAUGUCUGUAGGAGCCAUUCGGAACUUCACCCAAAGAGAUGAAGGACCUGGAAUCUCUGUUAGCGAGUAAGGGAAAGGAUUUUCUCCCGCACCCCUUACAAAAAUCAGCCACCACAAUGUCUGUGGAGAAAGAACUCAUAUUGAAACUAAAUGUAAAAAGGUGAUCAAUGUUAUGAAUGGGCUGCAGGUAAAAGGUCACUAAUGGAUAUCUAUAAGAUAAAAUCAGGAAACAUUUAUUGCCCUAAUAUGUCAGACAUACAAGGAAUUUGACUUGGCGGUUUGUGCAUAACAGCAGUAAGACAAUGGAUGACAGGAUGACAAGACAACAGUGCACAAGGGAUAAAGUAAGAUAUAAUGCUAUAAUGCGAUCAUACAAUAAUGUAUAUACUAUGGAAUUGUGGAAAUGGCCAAGGGACAUGUAACCAAAUAUUAGCACUGCUGUAUGUAUAUUUUUGACCCAGCAGAUUUGGUCACUUUUUCUGUUAACCCAUA